CCCGCCAUUGCUGAGAGGAACCCGGGCGGCGGCGGUGGCGAGCGGGGUCCGGGCGUCCGAGCGCAGCAUGGAGGCGCCUCCGGCGCCGCCGUCGGUGCCGCCGGCGCCGUGCAGCGCGGCGCGGAGCCUGCAGGACGAGCUGACGUGCCCGGUGUGCCUGGAGUACUUCACGGACCCGGUGCUGGUGGCCGAGUGCGGCCACAACUUCUGCCGCGCCUGCGUCACGCAGUGCUGGGAGGACUCGGCGCGGCGCCUCUGCUGCCCGCAGUGCCGCGAGCCGGUGCCGCAGCGCCUCUUCCGCCCCAACCGCUCCCUCGGCAACAUCGUCCACAUCGUGAGGCAGCUGGGGCUGCCGCCGGGUCCCGCCGAGCCGCCGCCGGGGCCGCCCGCGCCCGCGCCGCCGCUGCCCGCCGGAGCCGCCGGGGCCGGAGGGGGCCCGCCGCGCUGCCCCCGCCACGGCGAGCCGCUGCGGCUCUACUGCGUGCAGGACCGCCGCGCCGUCUGCGUCGUCUGCCACCUCUCCCGCGAGCACCGCGCCCACACCGUGCUGCCCGCCGAGGAGGCGGCCCACGCCGCCGAGGAGGUGCCACAGGAGCAUUUGAGCUCCCUGAGGAAAGGGCGCGAAGAGGCCAAGGUUGAGAGGGAGAGGCAGAGCGAAGACCUACUGAAGCAAACGGAAGUGGAGAGGCAGAAGAUUGUGGCCGAGUGCAAGGAGCUCCGGGGCUUCCUGGAGGAGAAGGAGCAGCUCUUGCUGUCCCGCCUAGAGGAGCUCGACAGAGACAUCGUCAAGAGGAGAGAUGAGAGCAUCUCCCGGCUCUCUGAGGAGAUUUCCCAGCUGGAUAAGCUGCUGGGUGAGAGGGGAGGAGAGAAUGGCUCUGGAAACCAGCCCGGGCAGGGUGUUGCCACUGCUGGAAGCAGCUUUGAGAGCUGGAUGUUCUGCAAGCCAGAGGCUGGCUUUACAGAGCUGGAGAAGAAACUCAAGAGCUUCUCCCAGAAGAGUGCUGUGCUGAAGGAGGUCUUGCUGGAGUUCAAGGAGAAUCUGCGGUUCGAGUUGGAGAACGACACGGGCGAUCUCUCUCUGGACCCGGACACGGCCAACCCUUACCUGGUGCUGUCUGAGGACAAGCGGAGUGUGCGGCUCCGGAGCGCACCCCAGGAGCUGCCGGCCAACCCCAAGCGUUUCGACUACUCCUUCUGCGUGCUGGCGGCCGAGGGUUUCAUAGCUGGGAGGCAUUACUGGGAGGUGGAGGUGGGGGAUGGAGACAGCUGGGUGCUGGGGGCGGCCCGCGAGUCGGUGCGGAGGAAGGAGAAAAUCGACUUUGCCCCGGAGGAGGGAAUCUGGGCGGUGGGGCUGAACUGGAAGGGGAAGAAUUGGGAUCAGUACCAGGCUUUCACCUCCCCAGAGACGCCCCUGUCCCUGUGCGAGAGGCCCAGGAAGAUCGGGGUGUACCUGGACUACGAAGGCGGGUGGGUGGCGUUCUACAACGCCGACAACAUGGCUCCCAUCUUCACCUUCACGGCCGCCUUCACCGAAAAGAUUUUCCCUUUCUUCUGGCUCUUCUAUGUGGGCUCCUCGCUCUCCCUUUGCAAUUGACCUGUCCGGUUUCUUUAAUCGCUCCUCUCCCCAAGGUGACCUGCCAGUAGUGUCUGCUCCUGUUCCCUCUCCCCCUUGCUUUCGGACAAGGUCCCCGAAAACUCAUCUUCCCGUGUUCAGUGUUGGGAGGUUCCUUUUUCUUGUUGGAUUUCAAAGUUUAGAUCUUUUUUUACCCUGGAAAUCUUCCGCGGGGGCAUCAGCUGGCGGAUGGUGCACAAGCCUGGCUGCCGAAAUAACCUCUAUAUGGGAUUAUUUUUGCUUCCCCUCCCCACUAAAAUACCCCUCUGGUCUGCUGUAUAAGCAAACUUUACUUUUUUUUUUUUUUUUUUUUUCCUUUUGAAGUUCCCUACCAUGUGCGGACAGUUAUGUAGCCAGGGAGGAAAAGCUAUGCCAGGGGGUUCGUUGCUUCCUGCUUCGGUCCGUAGCAAAGCUGCUGCUUGCGCGCCCAAGGGAGCUCUCGAGAGGGCUUAGGAAAGCAACCCGCGCGAGGGAGGAGAGCUGCCGUAUCCAGCCCCUGCUUGCUGGCGCUCUGCAGGUCACCUUCAGCUUCCCCCGCGCCCCCUCGCUUUUCCUCCCCUCCCAGGAAGGGGGCCAGCCCAUCUUCCCACUGCCCACUAGUGCUAGCGAGUAAAAAGAGAAAAAUUUAAAAAAUACCCCGCCCUCCCCUCCACGAUCCUCUCCCUCCCCUCUCCCUCCCCGUUGCUUCCUCCCAUUACUGCCGAGCAUCUAGGGCCAGAGCAGAGCUGAGCGAUGGGUCUGGCGGUGGCUUGGAGCUGUAACCCAGGAUCUAGGCAGUUGUGGAGCUCUGGAUGACGGAUGCCCGAAGCUAGCAGGGGCUACAGGUACAACGAGAGCCCUGGGAGAACAGGCUGGGCUGUUUUAUUUCAUUAUUAAUUAUUAUUAUUUUAAGUGUGCUGCAACCCCGGUGGCGUCCCCGUGCUCGGCGCACGGGUUUCCGGGGUUGUUUCGGGAGCUGCUGGUCGUGCCCCAGGCCGCGUCGUGGAGGGGAGAAGCGGGGAGGAGGGAGAGGAGCCUCCUGUUUUAGGUGUGACCCCGCGCGUGCUUACAGACACCCCCCCGCCCGCCCUCAUGUGAUCCCGCGAUGCUGUUAAUGUCUCUUUGCCCUGUCACUGUUUAGUGGGGAAAUAAAAGUUGCUGUGCAAAAAAAAAAAAGAAAAAAAAACAGAC